AUGUUCAGGCGUCAAUCCUCCCUCCCGCGGCCUCAAUCCUCCCUCCCGUGGCCUCAAACCGCUUCCCCAUGGCAGCAAUCCUCCCUCCCGCCGCCACGCCUCAAUCUGCCCGCCGACGCGUCCGACCUGCGCGCCGACGCGGACGACCAGCGCGGCGACGCGGACGACCUGCGCGCCGACGCGGACGACCUGCGCGCCGCCGCGGACGAACAGUGCGCGGUCGCCGACGACCUACACACCGACGCGGACGGCCAGCGCGCGACCACCGACGACCCGCGCGCCGAUGUGGACGGCCAGCGCACAACCGCCGACGACCCACGCGCUGACGCGGACGGCCAGCGCACGACCGCCGACGACCCGCGCACUGACGCGGACGGCCAGCGCGCGACCGCCAACGACCCUCGCGCUUACACGGACGGCCAGCGCGCGACCACUGACGGCCCGCGCGGAGCCGCGUCCGACCUGCGCGUCGGCGCGGACGGCCAGCGUGGAGCAGCGGCUGACAUGCGCGCCCUCGCGGACGGCUGCCCGCGAUCGCCACGACCCCCCCUUCACCCGCGCCCUGCCCCACACUUCCGCGCCAACCUCCCUCCCCCUACUCCACCCUCCACGGCACCAGCAGCGGCACCCGUGGAAAGUGCCAUCCGUGCCUACCGCACCACACUCAACGACCACCUUCGCCGCCAACUACGCUAUGAGGACGACAAGCGCACCUAUGACGAGGCUGCUGCCCGACACCGCAAAUACCAAGCCCGGCUCACCAUGUAUACCACACGCCUCGCCACCUACACCACUGACAUUGCUGCGUGGCGCAUUGCUGAUCGCCGAGCUCUCGCCAUCCUCCUCGCCACUAUCCCUUCCUCCCUCAAACGAGAGCUUUUACCCACCACCUCCUCCCACCUGUGGCAACUGCUUGUCGACCUCUUCGUGUAG